AUGCAAGACGACCCCGAAAAUUCGAAGCUGUACGACCUGCUGAAUAGUCAUCUGGACGUGCACGGUCGAAGUAGUGAAGAGCCGAGACAAACAGGUGACAGUAGGAGCCAGAGUAGCAGUAAUACCGGCGAAAACGAGGAUGAUAUAGCAUUUACCGGCGGAUUAAACGGCGGCACAUUCGACUCAAUGCUAGAGGCACUGCCCGAUGAUUUAUAUUUUACGGACUUCGUAUCUCCUUUUACAGCAGCUGCCACGACCAGCGUCACCACCAAGACGGUCAAGGAAACUCUACCAGCUACCAAUCAUAUGGAAGAUGAUAUUGCAAUGUUUGAUUCACUUGCCACAACUCAGCCCAUCGACAUUGCCGCUUCUAACCAACAAAAUGGUGAAAUUGCACAACUUUGGGAUUUUAACGUGGACCAAUUCAACAUGACGCCAAGCAACUCGAGCGGUUCUGCAACUAUUAGUGCACCCAAUAGCUUUACUUCUGAUAUACCGCAAUACCAUCACGGUUCGCUCGGCAAUAGUGUCUCCAAAUCUUCGUUGUUCCCGUACAAUGCCAGCACAUCCAACAGCAACAUCAAUCAGCCAUCUAAUCCUAUCAACAACAACUCGAGCACUAACGCGCAGUCACACCACUCGUUCAACAUCUACAAGCUACAGAACAAUAACUCAUCUUCAUCUGCCAUGAACAUUGCCAAUAAUAAUAACAGUAAUAGCAAUAUUCAGCAUCCUUUUUUGAAGAAAAAUGAUUCGAUGGGGUUAUCUUCAUCCAACACAACAAACUCUGUGAGAAAAAACUCACUUAUUAAGCCAAUGUCGUCCACGUCGCUGGCCAAUUUUAAAAGAGCUGCCUCGGUAUCUUCCAGUAUAUCAAAUAUGGAACCAUCGGGACAAAAUAAAAAACCUCUGAUACAAUGUUUUAAUUGUAAAACCUUUAAGACACCACUUUGGAGGAGAAGCCCAGAGGGGAACACUCUUUGCAAUGCGUGCGGUCUUUUCCAAAAAUUACAUGGUACCAUGAGGCCAUUAUCUUUAAAAUCGGACGUUAUCAAAAAGAGAAUUUCGAAGAAAAGGGCCAAACAAACAGACUCGAACAUUGGGCAAAAUACUCCAAAUGCACCUACAACCGCCUCGACGCCAGUGACUACUACAAAUGCCAAACCCAUACGAUCGAGGAAAAAAUCACUACAGCAAAACUCUUUAUCUAGAGUAAUACCUGAAGAAAUCAUCAGUGAUAACAUCAGUAAUACCAAUAAUAUCCUUAACGUAAAUAGAGGAGGCUAUAACUUCAACUCAGUUCCCUCUCCAGUCCUCAUGAACAGCCAAUCAUAUAAUAACAGUAACGCAAAUUUUAAUGGAGCAAGCAAUGCAAAUUUGAAUUCUAAUAACUUAAUGCGUCACAAUUCAAAUACUGUUACUCCUAACUUUAGAAGGUCCUCAAGACGAAGUAGUACUUCAUCGAACACCUCGAGCUCUAGCAAAUCUUCAUCCAGGUCUGUUGUUCCGAUAUUACCAAAACCUUCUCCUAAUAGUGCGAAUUCACAGCAGUUCAACAUGAACAUGAACCUAAUGAAUACAACAAAUAACAAAAGUGCAGGAAAUAGUGUCGCAUCUUCACCAAGAAUUAUAUCGUCCGCAAACUUUAACUCAAAUAGCCCUCUACAACAGAAUCUAUUAUCAAGUUCUUUCCAACGACAAGGAAUGAAUAUACCAAGAAGAAAGAUGUCACGCAACGCAUCAUACUCCUCAUCGUUUAUGGCUGCGUCUUUACAACAACUGCAUGAACAGCAACAAGUGGACGUGAAUUCUAACACAAACACGAAUUCCAAUAGACAGAAUUGGAAUGCAAGCAAUAGCGUUUCUGCAAACUCAAGAUCGUCAAAUUUUGUCACCCAAAAACCAAAUUUUGAUAUUUUCAACACUCCUGUAGAUUCGCCGAGUGUUUCAAGACCUUCUUCAAGAAAAUCACAUACUUCAUUGUUAUCGCAACAAUUGCAAAACUCAGAAUCGAAUUCGUUUACUUCGAAUCACAAAUAUAGCAAUAGACUUUCAAGUGAUUCUACUUCACCUAUCAAAUAUGAAGCAGAUGCGAGUACAGGCGGAAAAAUUAGUGAGGAUAAUUCCACAAAGGGAUCUAAAGAAAGUUCAGCAAUUGCUGACGAAUUGGAUUGGUUAAAGUUUGGCAUAUGA